AGAACCAUAGCGCAGAACAGGAAGUUGUGUUUCCACCCGGACUCUCUCGUGUGAUGCACCACGUGCUCGGUGUUUUGUUUCAUGUUUGUGUGAUCUGUGUGCGGCGGAGGAUCAAAGAGAACAUCAUUAACUACAGACACCUUCUGCGGCUGCGCGGCUUUCUGACUCGGCAUGUCUCAGGACAGUCAACACGGCAGGUGGACCGUCUCCAGCAGCGAUGAGGACGACGAAGGUCUUCCUCCUUCUGGGACUUCAACGUCUAAGCCCCGCCCCCCUGUUGAUCCCAGUAACAGAUCCCAUCGGUCCCCCAGUCCGCCCAGCCUCAAAGUGAAACCAGAGCCAGACUAUGCCCCUGUAAGCUCGCUUGUGAUUGGCUCUGAGGCCAGACAGUCGGCAGCGGUGAACAAUCCGUCAUUGGCUGGGAAGAGAAAGAAGGAGGAGUCAGAGGGAUCAGGCUGGGCCCUCUCUGACAGCGAUGAUGAAGACGUCGAUUUGAGGAGGAAGAGUGUCGGUAACCCGCCGAAGAGAGCGCCCCCUAGCCCCAAAACCAAAAAAACAAAGGUGGAGAACGAGCGCCCGCCAAGUCCUCACGGCCGGGUUUACUACAUCGACGAACCAGACGACUUCUUUGAAACCAGUCUUCCCAGUGCGAGCGACCCCUACAGGUUUUACCUGAACAAAGUGACUGGCCUGGACAGACGGUUCAACACGGGAGCGCUUCACAUUAGAGACAUCCUCUCUCCUCUGUUCGGGACCCUGAAAGAGUCGGUUCAGUUUAACUACUGCUUUGAUAUCGCCUGGAUGCUGAAGCAGUUCCCUCCAGAGUUCAGGGAACGUCCAGUUCUGAUUGUCCAUGGAGACAAGAGGGAGGCCAAGGCUCGACUGGUCCAGCAGGCUCAGCCUUUUCCUCAUGUUCGAUUCUGCCAGGCCAAGCUGGAUAUUGCUUUUGGGACUCACCACACGAAGAUGAUGUUGCUGUGGUACGAGGAAGGUUUCAGAGUCGUCAUCAUGACCUCCAACCUAAUCAGAGCCGACUGGUACCAGAAAACACAAGGGAUGUGGAUAAGCCCGCUGUUUCCACGGUUACCAGAGGGUAGCAGUGAGAGUGCAGGUGAGUCCCCGACCUUCUUUAAGAGGGACCUGUUGGAGUACCUGGCGUCGUACCGAGCACCUGAACUCGAGGAGUGGAUCCAACUCAUCAAAGAGCACGACCUGUCAGAGACCAGAGUCUAUCUGGUCGGCUCGACUCCAGGGAGAUAUGUGGGUUCAGACAUGGAGCGUUGGGGUCACCUGAGGCUGAGGAAGCUGCUGUAUGAUCACGCACAUCCUGUUGCCAACGAGGAGAGCUGGCCUGUGAUUGGACAGUUCUCCAGCAUCGGCUCCAUGGG